AAUUAAAUUUCCCUUUUUUUCCAUUCCGAGAAGAAAAGUGGAUAAGCCUGCAUAUACUGCACACACUUCACACACAGUGCAGGUGAAACGAAGGAGGAGGUUGCAGAAAUGUUGGCGGCAACUCCCAAUUCCAGCUUCCACACCACUUCGUCGCAUUUCGAAGCCCUAAAUUCCGACAAUUUCAAAAUUUUGCCUCAUUUUUCGUCGGUUAAUUGCUUCCCCCCGUCGAAGAAAUUUCAUUUGUCGUCAAUUUUGCUGCCAAAUGCCGUUGUUCGGAGCCCUAGAACGAGGAGGAGGAGAAGUAAAAGCAGCAGAGGAAGCGGAAACUUGUGCAAUCAGUUUUCUGUCGGAGCUUCUUUGGCGGCGGAGCCUGGCAUUCAACCCGAGGAUGCUCUGCAGCAGUCGUUCGCUCCUUUCUCCAUCAAAAUUCCCGUCGGAGAUCGCCAUAUAUUAGUCGAGACAGGUCACAUUGGGAGACAAGCUAGUGGUGCUGUUACUGUUACAGAUGGAGAAACUAUUAUCUACACAACUGUUUGUUUGUCUGAUGUCCCGAGCGAACCGUCUGAUUUCUUUCCACUUUCUGUACAUUACCAAGAACGAUUCUCAGCAGCUGGUCGAACAAGUGGCGGAUUUUUCAAACGAGAGGGAAAGACAAAGGAUCAUGAGGUUCUCAUUUGCAGACUAAUAGAUAGACCUAUACGGCCAACUAUGCGUAAAGGAUUUUAUCACGAAACACAGAUACUAUCUUGGGUGCUGAGUUAUGAUGGUGUACAUCCCCCGGAUUCAUUAGCGGUGACAGCAGCUGGGAUUGCAGUAGCUCUUUCGGAAGUGCCAAAUUCUGAAACGAUUGCAGGGGUUCGCAUUGGGCUUAUUGAUGAUAAGUUUGUUGUGAAUCCAACGAAUAAGGAGAUGGAAGACUCUAAGCUAGACUUGUUGCUGGCAGGGACAGAUAGUGCAAUUUUGAUGAUUGAGGGAUAUUGCGACUUCCUUCCUGAAGAGAAGUUACUGGAAGCAGUAGAAGUCGGCCAGAAUGCUGUGCGAGCUAUAAUCGAAGCGGUGGAAUCCUUAGUGAAGAAGUGUGGAAAACCAAAGAUGCUUGAUGCAAUCAAAUUGCCACCUCCCGAGCUGUAUAAGCACGUCGAAGAAAUUGCAGGUGAUGAACUAAUCGAAGCGCUACAAAUUAAGAAUAAAAUCCCUAGACGAAAGGCUUUAUCGUCUUUGGAAGCAAAAGUCAUUGGCAUACUUACAGAGGAGGGUUUUGUUAGUAAGAUAGAAGCUGCUGUUACUACUGAAACGUUACCAGACUUAAAUGAGGAUGAAGAUGAGGAUGAGGAGGUUGUACUUGAUGGUGAAAUUGAUGAAGGUGAUAUCCGUAUCAAGCCAGUCCCAAAAAAGCCUACCCCUUUGCUUUACUCUGAGGUGGAUGUGAAGCUAGUUUUCAAAGAAGUAUCAUCAAAUUUCUUGCGGAGACGUAUUGUGGAGGGAGGAAAAAGAAGUGAUGGCAGAACUCCCGAAGAAUUACGGUCUAUUAAUUCACGCUGUGGAUUACUUCCACGAGCACAUGGAAGCGCUCUCUUCACACGUGGCGAAACGCAGUCAUUAGCCGUGGUUACACUCGGUGAUAAACAAAUGGCACAGAGAAUAGACAAUCUUGUGGAUGACGACGAGUUCAAGAGAUUCUAUCUUCAGUACUGUUUUCCUCCCUCGUGUGUUGGAGAAGUUGGCCGUGCAGGAGCACCAUCUCGAAGAGAAAUUGGCCAUGGAAUGCUUGCAGAAAGAGCUCUUGAACGGAUAUUGCCUUCUGAAGAUGACUUCCCUUAUACUGUACGUGUUGAGAGUACCAUCACAGAAAGCAACGGCUCAUCAAGUAUGGCUUCGGUUUGUGGGGGUUGCUUAGCAUUACAAGAUGCUGGUGUUCCAGUGAAGUCAUCAAUUGCUGGCAUUGCGAUGGGUAUGGUCUUGGACACCAAGGAGUUUGGAGGAGACGGCACUCCACUCAUCCUCUCUGAUAUAACAGGGGGUGAAGACGCAUCAGGAGAUAUGGAUUUCAAGGUUGCUGGAAAUGAUGAUGGUGUAACUUCAUUUCAGAUGGACAUAAAGGUUGGAGGAAUUACUUUACCAGUCAUGCGUAAAGCUCUCCUCCAAGCAAAAGAGGGGCGGAAGCAGAUUCUUGCCGAGAUGGCAAAAUGCUUCCCCCCUCCUUCGAAGACACUCUCAAAAUAUGCUCCAAUUAUUCACGUUAUGAAGGUCAAACCAGAUAAAGUUAACCUGAUCAUAGGUUCCGGUGGAAAGAAAGUGAAGAGCAUUAUAGAAGAAACUGGAGUUGAAUCUAUCGAGACGCAAGAUGAUGGCAUUGUCAAAAUAACAGCUAGAGAUUUGGUAAGCUUGGAAAAGUCUAAAGCCAUUAUUGCCCGACUGACAAUGGUCUCAACUGUAGGCGAAAUCUACAGGGAUUGUGAGAUCAAAUCAAUUGCUCAAUAUGGAGUUUUCGUUGAAAUUUCACCUGGCCGAGAGGGACUAUGCCAUAUUAGUGAGCUGAGUGCAAAUUGGCUGGCCAAGGCUGAAGAUGCUUUUAAAGUCGGAGAUCGUAUUGAUGUCAAGCUCAUUGAGGUCAAUGAGAAAGGUCAACUUCGUCUGAGCCGCCGUGCGUUACUUCCAGAGAGCGCAAAGCAACAAAAUGGUAAUAAAGCCAACAACGGAGAAAUUACUGAGGACGGAAGUCCCGAUUUGAAAGUCGCAGAGCCAACAGAGGCCAAUAGUACACUACCCGAGAAUUCGUUCGUCAAGAGAUUCGUACGUUCUGGAAAGGAUGUAAAGCAAACCGAUAAAACCGUGCCCAAGAAAAACCCUGUUAAGUCUUUCAUCAACGUUUCCAAAAAGAGCACAAGUGCAGCUGUAAACGGAGAGGCCAAAAUUUGACAACAAAUCCAUGUCAUGAUGUUAGAAGUAAGGCCCGUGUAAUAUAUAUGAGAUUGUGCAGUUCUCAUUUGUUGGAACAAAGGUACGUACGUAGGCUAAGGAUUCCCAUGUCUUGUAUUAUCGUACUCGUUAGUAAAAACCAGAAGUUUUGACUUAGUUUGGCAAUAGUGAUGAUGUCUUUGAUCAUAUGAUCAAUCUCGGAUUUGCUAGUUCUGAUGAGAAAAAAUACUUGAAUUUAUUAAGGGAAAUGUUUAAUCCUUCAUCGUUCAAUACGAUAGUUCGCACGAUACGUUUUGUUGUUCUUGAGCACAGCAUCUUUUUUUCUUGAUUGCGUUCUGCAA